GACAGCGGAGGUCUCGGCUUCAGUGCCUCUGUACAUGGAGCUAUAAAAUACAUAGCUUCAUGCUCUGUACAGCUAGCAGUUACUUUUACCCAAGGAUCCAUGCAAACCUGUAUUUCCACACACAAUGCCAGUGUAAAGUAUCCAACUGUGUCACAACCCAUUGAGAGUUUUGAUUUCUGCGCUCUCCUCAUUGAUGUAAUGGUAAAUUGUGUUGUGGGUCAAACAAACCUUCCUCGCAGUCUGUCACGGAAGUCAGUCAUCCAAAACUAGCUUACGCAACCCUUUUUUAAAUAACGGGCACAGUUAACUGACACUCGGACUCUAAACCCAGUCAGUUACUGCACUCCGUUAUUUGCAGGGUACACGACCUACCAGCUUGUUCAACAACACCCUUUUGAUUGAAUUUCUCACAUGAUAGCUGCAUCAGAUAGGCGGGGAGAUACAAUAACUUGAAGGUCGGUUGUUCAAAGCGGACAAUAACUGAAUGUGUGAUGGUUUUUCCAGGAGGCCGCAUUUCUAAUGCAGUGUACUUUGGUCACUGGUAUUCAUAGGUAAAUUCUGUGCACGAUACAUUGGGUGAUCGUUAGGCAUGCUGCACUAAUAAUGGACUACGUGGCAACUCGUAUAGGAUUGGCUCAGUAGUCGGAAUAUUGCAGAGAAUUGACUAAUGGUGGUUCACCUUGCACGCCGGUGGAGCCAUGAUGAAGGUAGAAUGCCUUUCUCGUGUCACGGGACUGAACUCAGUCUGGAGGGGAAAAAAUAACACUUUGCUCAAAAUUAUUGACUGCUUUAUAAGUUUGUGAUUCGCAUCGGAUUUAGGGUUAGAAACUUCGUAGGGAGUUUCUUUAAUGCGUCAACGAUGGGCUUCCUGAGGAAUUUAGUCCGUCUUAAGACGGUUGAUUUGAAUCCGGAAUACGCGCCACUUCGACGAUGCCUGAACACUCUGGAUCUGACCCUACUUGGUAUAGCAUCAAUGAUGGGUGUGACCUUAUACAUCUUAACAGGUGUAAUCGCUAGUGAUGCUGGACCAUCGGUCGCGCUGUCCUUCCUCAUCGCCAGCAUCGCCGCUAUGUUUGCCGCAGUGUGUUACGCAGAGCUCGGCAGCAUCUUCACCCGGACUGGCUCGGCGUACCUCUUCACUUACUCCACCAUCGGUGAGCUACCUGCGUUCAUCGCCGGAUGGAGUAUCAUCCUGGAAUACUUGUUGAGUUCUUCCGUCGUCGCCCGAGGAUGGUCUGGUUACCUGGAUUCAAUGCUUGACAAUCGAAUACAGAAUUUCACACGGGUGUGGGUCAUGGGAGGAGAGCUGUGGGACACGCCUGUAGUGGCGUCCUAUCCUGAUCUAGUCGCUGGGAUUUUUAUGUUUUGCUUCUUUGUGAUUAUAGCACUCGGCGCCAAAAUCAGUGCCAAUUUCAACAAGGCCUUAGUGGCUAUCAAUUUGACCAUUGUUACUCUGAUAACAAUCGGUGGUUUUAUGUUCGCUGACGGGAGGAACUGGUCCGACCACGGCUUCUUCCCGAACGGUUUCCAGGCGACGCUAUCAGGCGCUUCCAUCGUUUUUAUUGGCUUUGUAGGAUUCGACAUCAUCGUCGUUUCGUCCGAGGAGGCCAUUGAUAGCCAAAAAGGAGUCCCCCGUGCUGUGAUAACCUCGAUCGCUGUCGUCACACUCGUUUACACAUUGGUGUCUGUGAGUUUAACCCUGGCUGUGCCAUAUUCUGAGAUCGAUCUGCGAGCGGUCCUGGCCACACCAUUCGUAUAUCACGGCUUGUCUUGGGCUAAGAAUGUCGUCGAUGCGGGCGCUCUUUGCGCCAUGAGCGGAUGUAUACUAUGCUCCAUCUUUGCUCUGCCAAGAAUGGCUUACGCCAUGUCUACAGAUGGUGUCUUCUUCAAAGUCUUCGGUCGCGUUAAUCCUACCACCCACACGCCACUAAUAGCCACUAUUUUCUUCGGAAUCAUAGCUAUACUCAUGACAGUAUUCAUUGAUAUCAAAACGUUGUCCAGUGUGCUAUCCAUCGGUACCCUUACGGCCUUCACUUUGGUCGCGGCCUCUGUCAUGGUCAUAAGGUAUAAACCGUCGCAACUUACCCAUCAGAUCCAGAAGAUAGCCUUAGUGACAUCACAAAAGGGCGACAGUGACCACGACACUGACACUAUCUCGGACAAAUCCAGUUUCUUAGACCCUAGGGAGGAUAAGCCAAUCCAGGGGGGUACUCUGAAGCCGAAAUUCCGCUUCCUGACUGUUAUGGCGCGCUAUGAGCCAGGCGUGGUCCCGAUGAUCUGCUUCUUCGCUACAACUUGUCUCCAGUUUGCAACCAUUUUUGUGAUCGUCGUCUUCAUGGACAACAUCCAAUCUGGAGACUGGUGGGCUAUUCUGCUCGUCAUAGUAUUCGGCAGCUCGGCUAUUCUAUUGAUUGUACCCAUCCCUCUGCACGAACAGGUGGACACCAAAUCGAAUUUCAAGACGCCAUUCGUUCCUUUGACGCCCAUGUUGAGUAUUCUAUGUAACAUUAUCCUCAUCAUGUUACUCAGCCCAGCAACGUGGCUUCGCUUCGCCAUAUGGAUCGUCAUGGGUAUUGCCAUCUACUUCUUGUACGGCUACUGGCACAGCGCCGAAAGCUUCGCUGUAAAAACCGUCUCGUUCUCAUCCAAAGCAGAGUACACUAGACUGAAGACUGACGAUGAGGGCGCUGAACAACAGUGCGUCAUGGAAGGAUCGCUAAACAUGCCACAACCACACAAAAAGGAAAAGGAAGAAUAUCUCGAUUAAAUCGCGCACCAUUAAAAACAUCAGUGGCAUAUACACACAGGCGAAUCUUUGGGUGGGAUGAAUGGACAGAUAAUUGUGCCAUUUCUUAUUUUAUUUACAUGUACUUCACGUUUGAAAUAAUUGCUUUGGCACUAGGCUGUUAACAUCAUUGAACGUGAAUAGAUCUUUUUACACAAAAAUGACAUCAAAGAUGUUGCAUUUAUCAACUUCGGUAGAUAUGGAAGAUCGACUUGUUAUAGCGGUGGUCAGUUUGGUUGGGUUCGUUUGUUGGAGAAUUAUUGGAAGGUGCACAAUAAUACAGUAGCACCAAUCCUUUAAAAAAAGUGAAGAAAGGCUGCCUAAAUGCGCGCACAUCUCAAUUACUUAUUUCUUAUCGAAAUAUGUAUCGUCUUAAAACCUUAUCAGUAAACACUAGUAUAAGGAUCAUAACACUGAUAGAUUGUUUUUAGCGAUUGCUUAAAUUAGUAGUUCCUUUUCCUGAUUUGUUCUUUUUUCUUCGAACGAGUUUUCCGUUUAUUUCAACAAGAAAGAAAAAGAGCUUUUUCUACAUUGGCGUCUGCAAGCGCAUGAAAUACAAGGUUUUUUUCUGGAGUUGCUUUUGCACCUCCAUCGUCGGAAUCAUCGUGGGGCCGAAAAUAAUUUGAAAUUGGUAAAGGAAUCAUUCCAGUCACCGUGGCAGAUUGUGUUAUCGUUCGAUGUCUCAUUAAAGAAAAAACACAACUUCUGCGUUUAGAACAUCGCAUGGCUUCUGCAAUUUAAUAGAAGUACAUUUUGUAAUUGGACAGUUCAAUUGAACACUUUACUGCCAUUGUAUGUAGUUUAAUCAUUAUAUUCACGGAAUUUUUUUUUUUAUACAAGUAAACACUUCAGGAGCACAUUUAUUCCAUUCUCCUUUUGGAAAUACAUCGAUAAUUAGAACAAAUUAGUACAUAGGAAAAUAAAAAAAAUCACUAUAUAUCGAAUAUUUAUUAAACAAAAUAAUGCACGCUUAAUUGGAACUAAUCAUAAAAUAAGACAAGACAGACAAGACAGAAAGACAUGACUUAAGCCGACAGCAAAAUAAUACAAAGAAGGAAUGUAAUAUCUGAUGACUAAAGACUUAAAUAAAUUGAGACAAUUGUGACUAAAGGCUA